AACAACAACAACAACAACAGCAAGAACCUGUUGUAAGAAUACAUAUAUAACAUAAAAGACAUGAUACCUUAUAUUACUCUAGCUUCGUUCACCCUCACACAAGUCUAAUCUUGAAAUGCCCAAGACUGGUCCUAUCAAUCGUCUAAAGAAUGCCCCAAGAGAUCGUAUUCCUGUCAACAAGACACCCACCAGACGUCAAAAAUCAUCUCGAUUUUAUUCAACAGAAAAGAUUCCAUUGGAGAGAACACCAAGUUUUAAUGAAGUACCUCCUCAUCUCAGACAUGAAUUAUUCAUUCAAAAGAUUCGUCAAUGCACCGUCAUUUGCAACUUUAGCGAUCCUGGGGCAGAGUUAGCAGAAAAGGAAAUCAAGCGUCAUACUUUACAAGAAAUACUCGAAUAUGUCAGCAUGAAUCGAGGUGUGCUCACGUCAGAAGCAGUUUAUCCAGAAAUUAUCAAAUUGUUUGUUGUCAACUUGUUCCGUACUAUUCCUCCCCAAGUCAAUCCGACGGGUGACGCAUAUGAUCCAGAAGAAGACGAACCUGUGCUCGAACUCGCCUGGCCACACUUACAGAUUGUCUAUGAAUUCUUUCUUCGUUGUUUAGAAUCACCCGACUUCAAUAUCAGUUUUGCUAAACGAUACAUUGAUUCCAAAUUCAUUCUUCAAUUACUUGACCUAUUUGACACAGAAGAUCCAAGAGAACGAGAUUUUUUAAAGACAACCUUACAUCGCAUCUAUGGCAAAUUCUUGAACUUACGUGCGUUCAUCAGACGAUCGAUCAACAAUAUCUUUUUUCAAUUUAUCUAUGAAACAGAACGACAUAAUGGUAUAGCCGAACUUUUGGAAAUAUUAGGAAGCAUCAUCAACGGAUUUGCCUUGCCGUUGAAGGAAGAGCAUAAACAGUUCUUACGUCGCGUCUUGAUCCCGUUACAUAAGGUCAAAUCAUUAGCACUGUAUCAUCCUCAGCUGGCUUACUGUGUCGUGCAGUUUUUGGAAAAGAGUCAGGCCUUGGUCCCAGAGGUUAUCCAAGGCUUACUUCGUUAUUGGCCAAAGGUCAAUAGUCCCAAAGAAGUGAUGUUCUUGAAUGAAUUAGAAGAAAUACUUGACGUGACAGAAUGUAGCGAGUUUCAAAAGAUCAUGGUGCCACUCUUUGUAAAGUUAAGACAGUGUGUAUCAAGUACGCACUUUCAAGUAGCCGAAAGGGCAUUGUACUUUUGGAAUAACGAUUAUAUUGUCAAUCUCAUGGCACAGAAUGUCAACACGCUCAUGCCUAUCAUAUUCCCAACACUCUAUAGAACUUCCAAGACGCAUUGGAACAAGACAAUAUUGGGAUUAGUCUAUAAUGCAUUGAAACUUUGUAUGGAAAUGAAUCCUGAGUUAUUUGAUGAAUGUGUCAGUCGAUAUAGACAGCAGCGACAAAUGGAAAGAAAACGACAAAGGGAAAGAGAGGAAAAUUGGAAGACGUUACAAAGAAAAGUAUCAGGAACGAGUGUUGUGACAAUUACGUCUGGUGAAACAACUGUUGCAGAAGAGUUCUAUGAUUACUCUUUCCCGCCAAGACAAGACGAUGACGAUGAUAUAGAAGAAGAAGAAGGAGAAGAGACAAUGUCAGAUGAUAUAGCUGAUGUAGAAAACAAUGAAGAGCAUCAUGAUGUACUUCAUCCUGAUAUGCAACAAUUUGAUAUACAACAACAACAACAGUUCCAACAAUUCCGAAGAAAGUCGAUUAUACCCGUAGAUGAAACUGUAAAAGUGAAAAGUGUAAAUGAAGGCGCAGUAAUUAAUGGUUUAUAUAGGUCUAUAAUGAAUUAUCUCGUCAUGUCAGUUUAGAAGAAGUCCUUAACCAAACACCAGGUGCAGGUUCAUCAGCUACCAGUAGUCCCACACAAUAAUAAUUACACACACAACAUAUAGAUUGAUAGAUUUUUUUUUGUAACGCAAAGAACGCGUAAGCUCGAGCUUACGCGU